CUUCGCCUGAUCGCUGGCUGCCUCCCAGGGCAGCCAGGGAGCUGUUUCAUUAAUUCCCAACCAAGGUACUCGAGUUUCUGUACAAAGUGCUGCCGGCACCACGUCCCAGUCUGCUGCAAGGUCUGUUCGACUCGUACGCGCAGAGCCUGCUUAACAGAUCACUCCCACCGCCGGGGGCUCGCCUGGGACGAUGGAAUUUGAACUCUCAAGACUGACUGCGAAGUGAAAAAACAGAAAUCAGUCAGACGGGGCUGAGAUGGAUGAUGAGGGAACAAAUCAAAACGCCAGCAAAUUGCAAGGAGCUGGAGGCCAGGCGUCUGCAAUGUCUCUAUCAAACCCGCUGAUGAGGGACUUUGUUUCAGACUGGUCUCCUUUACACGAUGCCUCUAUCCAUGGGCGUCUGCUUACUCUGAAGAAACUCAUCAAACAGGGGAGUGAUGUGAAUCUUGUUACAGCAGACCAGGUGUCUCCUCUCCAUGAAGCAUGCCUAGGGGGUCAUGCUGCUUGUGCCAGUCUCCUAUUAAAACAUGGUGCUCAGGUAAAUGGAGUUACUGUCGACUGGCACACUCCGUUGUUCAGUGCUUGUGUCAGCGGCAGUGUGCCUUGCUUGACUUUAUUGCUGCAGCACGGAGCCAGCCUGCACCCACCCUGUGACUUGGCAUCCCCCAUCCAUGAAGCUGCUAAGAGAGGUCAUGUGCAAUGUGUCGAAUUCCUUGCGUCCCGUGGGGUAAAUAUAGAUCACAACAUUGAGCAUCUGGGUACUCCGCUUUAUGUAGCUUGUGAGAACCAGCAAGUGAACUGUGCCAAGAAGCUGCUUGAGUCAGGAGCAAAUGUGAACAGUGGCAAGGGCCUGGACUCCCCUCUGCACGCAGCUGCCAGGAAUUGCAGCGCGGAGCUGGUGACACUGCUGAUUGACUUCGGAGCGGACAUUUGGGUGAAGAAUGCUGAAAGCAAGAGGCCGAUGGAGCUGGUUCCACCCGGCAGCCCCGUGGGCCGACUCUUCCUGCAGAAAGAAGGGCCGCUGUCCUUGAUGCAGUUGUGCCGCCUGUGCAUCAGGAGGUGCUUUGGACACAAGCAGCAUCAAAAUAUAACUGGACUUCUCCUCCCGGACGAGCUGAAACGUUUCCUUCUCCACGUUUAAGCCUUUCAUCUUCAAAAUGGUGCCUUUAAUAACACAGCAAGGUUCGUUGAGGAAAGACUCUUCUCAUCAGUAGUGUUUCCAAUGCCUGCAAUGUUAAUUUAUGGAAGUUGCUGGUCCCUAGUAAAGCCCUGGGUCCAAGAAGCACAGGACUGACCAGCUCAGUCCUCACUGCCACCAGCCCUGGCAAAUCCAUCAUUUGGAAAGGAACAAUUCUGCAUGGUUGCAUGGUGAAGCUUGAAGAUGUGACUACAAAGUGUAGAAAAUGAGCACAGCAUUUUAAAAUAGAGCUCUUGAUUCUCUGCACCCUGGCACAGUUUCAGAGGGUUCAUGGUUGACAACCCCUUACAAAGAAAACACAUGUCCCAGCCCAGCACUAACAGCACUUCACAUAUAUUAAGGAUACGAGGGCUGUACCCACACCACUGUACAGAUAAGGAAAGGGAACCCAACUGAACCUACUUGCAAAGCAAGCGAGGCCCUCUGGCAGAUGUUAUUUAUUUUCUAAGUACAUCACGCUGCGGAUAGAUGAGUACCAACCAACAAUCAUCUGCAUUUAGGCCAGCAUCUGAAACACGCAUUUCUGCCGUGACAGCAAGUAGGUCACUGCUGAUGGCAGCUCCCUACAGUGCAAUAAUAGUGGGGGGAAAGUUCUUAAUCAUCCAUUAAAGUCACUUAUUCCUGACGCUUUGAGACAUAAGGGAGCCACACUUCAGUACUCCACAUUUUCUCCUUGUAGCGUACUAUUUUUCAAGGACAUAGGCUAACAGGCUAUCAGUGGCAGGCAUUGAGUGCUCCCCCUUUCUGCCCUGAAAAUUAGGCGAUAGUUCCUAAGCAUUUCUCAGCAUGCAUCAGAAAAACAACAGCUUCUAUCCCCUUUCCCCACCCAAGAAAAGAGAUCAUCUUAAGACUGAGAUUUUUUUUUCCCUUGGAGAGGUGCUACCUCAUUCAUAGCAUUUUCCAUGGGAGUGGUAAUAAUAACAGCUCUAAUGCAGGGCCAUAAAACAAACAAUGAAAAUACUGAAAUUAAAGUCCAUUCCAAAUUAGAAGGAUAAUGGGUAAUUUCUGCCCCCUGCUUGGCUGAUGAGCUGCUGGCUUAGUGUGGUGACUCUGAAACAAACAUGACAUGUGGUUCUUAUUCCAUUGAGGUCAUAAGACCAAAUAUUUCCUCCAGCUAAACUUCGACACUGGAUAUUUUUCUUUCCUCCCCCCAGAAACACAUCCUGCUGCCACAAACCAAAGCACGGUUACGACUGCUCUGUGCUCUCCCGGGUGCUCCCCUGGGAAUAUUGACUGCCCGAUACAUGCAGCAGCGAAGAUGCUCAAGUUCUGCCUCCUCUGCCUGCCGCCCUGCCCCCUCCCCAGCUCUGAACCACGGUGCAUCUGCAUCACCUGGGAGCAGCAGCUCACCCACCCCCUCCCCUGCGGGGCUACUGCCACGUCGCCCCUGCGGCGGAGGGGCAGAUCAAGCACUUCAGUGAUUUUGGAGAUCCUUUUCUUCUUGACUUUGCUGUGAAGAGUGGGCCUGGUGUGUGAAAACUAUGACGACACUGUUAAUGCCAGCAAUGACAUAUAUGAGUCCUCAUCUCGUAAGUGGAGACACCAGCAGCCUUCAAAUACACAAAAUUAUUUUGAUCUUUACUAGUGUGCCAGUGUGUGCAGUGCAAGCCCUCCUUUUGCUUGGAUCAAAUGCGACCUGGAUGCUCAUAUUUGAUGUAAAUUACAAUUCAGAUCUGAGCUGCACAACAUCACUGCUGGCUAUAGGUAUCCAGUAUGAUAGUUUGAUUAUUUUUGUGCUGACCAAACACAGCAAGAGCAAUUCUGAUGGUUUUGUGGGAUAUUAAUUGUACCUUAACGGUACAAAAUGACUAACACAGCGAUGUAACUCCUCUUGUGAUAGAGACACCUAGAAAUCUUUGCUGAUCCUACCCAAUACAUCACACAUAAUUUGAGCCACGUAAAAAUUCACUGGCUGGUUUUAGAUGGCCUUCUAUAUUCUUUCCCUCCUGUUGGGAAAGAAAAAUAGACAACUGUCUUUACACAUGGAAUAGAAACAGGUGUCUUGGAUAAGUGGAUCCUUCUAAAAUCAGUACCUUGGUUAAGCUGAAUCUGCAUCGAACAGGCAGGGAACAGACAACUAAAACAGUGCUUAACUUUUGAAGAUUAGAGUAUGAAGAAUCCCAGCUUUGGUUAAACAUCUGAAAACUGAAGAUUCAUCAUUUUAGAUGACGAAGAACGAUUUUUUAACCUACUAGUUUUAUUAUUUACCUUUAAGCAUCUUCUUUUGUAACUUCAGCCAAUGGGUUUAUAGGAGUAAUGCUAAUACCAGGAGAAAAUUGCUCAGAGAAGGCGGUGAGAGUGUUGCUUCUAGAUUGCUUUUCUUCCAGAAAUCUCAUAGUGUGACUCUGUUUACUUGAAUCCCUCCGAUCAAGUGUAAUUAGGAUGAAUUCUGUAUACUCAGCUUGUAUCAUCUCAGUAUACUUGCUUAUUUAUUUUAAUAUAAAUUGUGAUCAACACUGGUGAAUUACAGUUUUAUGCAUCAACACUUAUCCAGUUAUAAACUGUAAAAGUUGUACAAGAUGCAAACUGAAUAAGCUCAUUAUAGGUGAGGUUUGGACCUUUUCCUACAUUUGAAAGCAUUCCAAAUGUAAUGCAGGACUUGAAAGACUGUAAGGAAUAUAUUUUAUCAAAUUCUUUGCUAUUAUUUUGUUAGCAGUUUAAUGAUAGUCAAGCCACAAUUGUAUAGGAUAAUUGCUCAAAA